AACGUAAAGCACAUCUCCAAUGCUACUCAUAGGAAACAAACCAGACCUUCUUCAUCGCCAUCAUGAAUGCUAAUGUCCCCUUCUCCGUUACGGUCCACCCUUACCGUCCCGGCUACGCAGCCUACGAGACAGGCUCAAUUGGGCGCAAGAACGCCAUUGUCUUCAUCGGAGGUCUAGGAGACGGGCCACAUUCUGUGCAGUAUCUUCGGACUGUUGCAAAAUAUCUCGAAGGCGCAGAAAGUCUGAGCUAUUCCCUCUUUGAGUUUCGCUUAAGAAGCUCUUUUUCGGGAUUUGGCACUGCAUCGCUCGCUGACGAUGUCGCCGACAUCUCCACGCUUGUCAAAUAUUUGAGAUCGGUUGGUAAAGAAAAAAUCGUGCUUUUUGGUCACUCUACAGGUUGUCAGGACUGUGCGGAAUACACAAACUACGCCAAGCAUGGCAGCAGCCCAGUCGACGGCUUCAUUCUGCAAGCACCAAUCUCUGAUCGUGAAGCAUUUAAGCUGGAAUUUCCAGAUACAGAUAAGAGCGUACAAGUUGCGGAGCAGAUGAUUGCAGAGGGUAAAGCAGACCACAUUGCACCAAAAGAGGUCAUCCCACCAUCGCUAGGGCUUGCCGUCUCAGCGUACAGAUUAAGAUCAUUAUUGGCAAAGGGCGGAGAUGAGGAUUACUUUUCGUCUGAUCUUGAUAAUGCUACGGUAAAGAAAAUCUGGAGCCGCUUCGACAAACCCGUGCUGGUUCUGCAUUCUGCGAAAGACGAGAAUGUACCACGUCAUGUUGAUCAAAAAAGAUUAAACAAGCUUUACCAAGAGGCGGGAGCUCAAGUUAGUCCUUUGUCAGAUUUGAUACCGAAUACUGGCCAUACCGUUCGACGGGACUCUGCUCGCGAAUGGCUAGGAGAGAGAAUUGUUGAGUUCUUGAAGACAUUGGCUUGAAAAAGGAAAAGAGAAACUUAUAAAGAAUUACUAUGGUUGUAAAAAGUUGCUUAGUAUUAUAAGUUGGAAGCAUAUUUGAAUAGGUGUGGCGAACCGUGAGCCAAAGGAUAGUAUGUGCUCAUUGCUAAUGAACAAUUGUCAUUCCUGGUGAUAUGGUCUGGAAAAAGAAAGUUUUGUAUAUUUAAAUGGCAC